AUGUAUCAACCCGAAGAAACACGCAAGAAGGCUUCAACACUUGAGGCGGAAGAAAGACAAAUGUGCGGUCAAAGAAAAAGAGUGAAACAACUUAGCCAAAGUCUCGGCGAUUUACCGAACUUCAAAACAGAAAUCGAAAACAAGCUAAUAGGGAAACUUCCUAGAUCAAGCCCUCGUUCAUUAAAACCUCGUCGUCUUGGCGAAACGAAAUUUUCACCUGAAACUAUUGAAAUGGGCACUUACGAGGUAACCGGGUAUUGUGGCUGUGCUUUGCAACCGAAUGUCAACGGCGAUGUUUUGAGUUUGCCAGAUGAAGACGCCUUUAGGCCACCACUUUCGAUGGAUUACAGAGAUCAACGUUUGGAAGAAAUAGCACGAGAAAACGCAGAUACUCCGAGACUAAACUUCACUAGGCAAAAAUCAUUGAAAGUUGAAGAUAUUGUUCGCUCAGCAUCGAAGUUAGAAGCGGAGUACCUAAAACGAGCGAAAACUCCAAGACCUGUUCACUCAAGGAACUGCAAUCAGAGGAGUCCGUUUGGAAAUUAUGGUGUUUGUGAUGUACAUUGUACUUCUGAAAAGAACAAACCCAGUCCAAGGCCUGCCAAAAGAACUUUGGUUGUCAAGAUUCCUAGGCUAUCGGAUACUUUAAGCGAACAUGAUUAUAAGGGAGGGUGGGGUCCGAGCAAUAAUUUUUCUUAUCGGCACAAAAGAUAA